AUGCCUCUUGGACAGAGCUGGUCCACUACAUUUCGUGUAGUGUUCCAUGAUACUUCAUGGGUAGAGGUGUUCCAUGACACUUCCUGGGCCGAUGUGUUCCAUGACACUUCAUGGGCAGAGGGGUUCCACGACACUUCCUGGGCCGAGAUGAAAUCCGUACUCUCCGAACAGAUCGAAAUUCUGCAACGACUCAAUCCAUUUCUGGACAAGGACGGGAUGUUGCGAGUCGGAGGCCGACUCAGCCACUCACCAAUGCCUUUCAAUCAGAAACAUCCAAUCAUUCUACCCAAAUCCUCAGUUACAGUGCUCAUAAUCGAGCAUGAACACCUCCUGAAUCUCCACUCCGGAACUCAAGCUACCUUAUAUGCCCUAAGAAGAUCUUAUUGGCUUAUCGACGGCCGUAGUCAAGUUUGGAGUACGCUGAAGUGGAUAGUCAAGUUUGGAGUGGCUGCGUCCGUUGCUGCUGCUUACGUAUUGGGCGAUCUUCCAGCUGCACAGAUAACGGAAUCUCGGCAUUUACCAACGUCGGAAUCGAUCAUUAGGGACCGUGUUACAUCAAAGAAUGAAAGGAUCGUAGCCGACGAAAAAUCAAGCAUUGCUGCUCUGCGAAGAUUCAUCGCUCGCCGAGGAUUCUGUGUAACAAUCUACUCUGAUAACGGUACCAACUUCGUUGGCGCCAAUAACGAAUUACGAAAGCUCCGAAACCUCCUGCAGUCCGACGAUCAUAAGGUUCAGUCCUUUUUAGCUGAUCGACGGAUCGAAUGGCGCUUCAUUCUUCCCAACUCAUCUCACUUCGGCGGGUUGUGGGAGGCUGCAGUGAAAUCCUUCAAACGACAUCUCAGACGUGUCGUAGGUAACGAGCUUUUAACAUUCGAAAACUUCAACAUACUUAUCAUUAAAAUUGAGUCUAUCCUCAAUUCUCGUCCUCUGACUCCAAUAUCAUCAGAUCCAAACGAUCUUCUUGUCCUUACUCCCAGUCACUUCCUCAUCGAAGAUUCACUAACAAGUUUUCGAGAACGAGAUUUCAGAGACACUCUAUCCAAUCGUCUCUCCAGCUGGCAAUAUAUUCAAAAACUCAAACAACAUUUCUGGCGCCGCUGGCAUUGGGAGUAUCUGAACGAGUUGAAUACCCGAAACAAAUGGAGCAAGGGCAGUCACGGCAUACGAGAAGGCACCAUCGUCAUUCUCAGAGAAGACAACGUUCCUCCAAUGCAAUGGCCAUUGGGCAGAAUCAUCAAGAUCCAACCCGGCGCAGACGGUAUCAUACGGACGGCUACCGUUCGAACGGCAACGAGCAUUCUGGAUCGGAGCAUCAAGCGGAUGGUACCACUACCGAGCAGAUCGACUCCAGAUGACUCCGAAACAAUCAACAGCACCGAAGUCUGACAAGAGAUCCAUCUCACAACAUCACACCAUACCACUUAAUCGGUACCCUCUCAAUGGGGGGAGUAUGUUACGCCACGAGACUUACCACAGGUUUUUCUAACCGUCGCUCGCAGUCCUACAGUGUCGCAGACAGAUCGUCUUAUCUGCCCGACGGAACAUAUACAAUGUAUCGACGAGCGCAUAGUUGUCACCAAGCAGCGAGUUCUAGAAACGUUGAUUUUGGUCCGUUACGUUUUCCACACAAGAA